AUGCACGGGCCUCAUCCGACCACCGCCUAUCCGCUUGCCGGGUACGCGCAUGCGGUCUUUCUCAACAAUUUCAUCACCCGCCCAAACAUCGAAGUGGGCGACUAUACCUACUAUGACGAUGCGAGCGGCGCCGAGCGCUUCGAGGAGCGCAACGUCGUCCAUCAUUACGAAUUUCUGGGCGACCGGCUGGUGAUCGGCCGCUUCUGCGCGCUGGCUGCUGGCACGACCUUCUUCAUGAACGGCGGCAACCACGCCAUGGACGGCUUUUCCACCUAUCCGUUCAACAUAUUCGGCAAUGGCUGGGAGGAGGGUUUCGACCCGCAGACGUGGGUCGAUGCGAGCCGCGGCGACACGAUCGUCGGCAACGAUGUCUGGAUCGGCAAUGGGGCGCUCGUCAUGCCCGGCGUCACCAUCGGCGACGGCGCCAUCGUCGCGGCGCGCUCGGUCGUCGCCUCCCACGUGCCCGCCUAUGCGGUCGUGGCCGGCAAUCCGGCGCGCAUCGUCAGGAUGCGGUUCGACGACCGGACCAUCGCGCGGCUGUUGGACAUCGCCUGGUGGAACUGGCCGGCCGAGACGAUCACCGCGCAUCUGGACGCCAUUCGCGGCAACGAUCUUGCCGCGCUCGAAGCGAUCGAGGAUAAGCGGCCAUGA